CCUUUUCGGAACUUAUAAUGAUCAAAAGGACAAACUGAAUGAUUACCGUUGCGUUUCAACCACCAUGAGUAUCUCCCUUAUCCCUUCCUCCACCAUCACCACCACAGUCCCUCCGCCGCCGUUGUUACGGCCGCCGCUGGUGGAAACGAAGUUAUUCAGUCGUAGAAACGGUGUCGUUUGGCUUUCACUCAUAAUUGCUGCUCCUCUCACUUUCCCUAACUCCGCUCUCUCCUUCGGCAUAUCAGGACCAAAAGAAUGGCUAAGAGAUCAAAAGAAGAAGACUGCUAAGUACCUUUUGGCUCCAAUCGAUGCUUCUAGAAACAUCCUUCGCUCUGCUUAUCUCUUACUUACGAAAGCUGAAUCUGAUUUUGGUGAAAAGGAACUUGAAGAAUUUCAGAGCUUAUUGAAAUCUGCUGCAAGGGAUUGUGUGCCUCAAGAGAGGAGUUCCUUCGUUCAGUUUCAGUCAAGCACAGGAGUUGAGGUCUGCACUUUCCAGUUGGUUGUGAAAAAUGCUUCUUCUUUGCUUGCUGACAAGGACCCCGUAAAGUUAGCAGCUGAAACCAAGCUUAUUGAUCUCAUAAGGUCUUUUGCUUCUCUCAGUGACAUGGCAAAUGACAUUGAUGUGCAGGUUGCUUCUAAUAGACAAAAGGUUGCAAAUGCUCUCAUGGAUACAGUAACCAGUCUGGACAACUUUGAGCAAGGCAUCAAGGAAUGCCUUGAAGUUUGAUAAUCCUUAUUCAAGUCAAAGAAGAAACAGGAUGAAUUCUGCGUUUGCCAAUUUACUUUUGGGAGGGCAAAAAGAAAAACUGCAAUAGGUUGUAUCAUCCAUUUAAUGUAUAAUUUUGUUCUUUCAUUGUUUUGAUUUUAUCCUGUUAAUUGCACUUUAAUUCAGUCGCUAUUAGUUAUAGUGAGUGGACCUAUCUCCAUAUUCAUUGAAUUUACGAACAAGUGAAUCCUGAUGCAUAAAGCCGACACUUUGCUCUGCUUUUCUAUGUGCAGAUUUGAUGGUGUUACAAGUU